AUGUCUGACGGCGAAGUCGAAGUCGAGGCGCCACAGGGCUACCCAGUCCUGCCCAAGGACGUGACGGCGGAGAUUGGCAGCACGAAGCUCUUCAACAAAUGGAGCUACGAGGAUGUCGAGAUCCGGGACAUCUCCCUCACCGACUACAUCCAGAUCCGCCAGCCCGUCUACAUGCCUCACUCCGCCGGCCGAUACGCCGUCAAGCGCUUCCGCAAGGCCCAGUGUCCCAUCAUUGAGCGUCUCACCAACUCGCUCAUGAUGAACGGGCGCAACAACGGCAAGAAGCUGAUGGCUGUGCGCAUUGUUGCCCACUCUUUCGAAAUUAUCCACAUCAUGACCGACCAGAACCCCAUCCAAAUCGCUGUAGACGCCAUCGUCAAUUGCGGCCCCCGCGAAGACUCCACCCGUAUCGGCAGCGCAGGCACCGUCCGUCGCCAAGCCGUCGAUGUCUCUCCCCUCCGCCGCGUCAACCAGGCCAUCGCCCUCCUCACUAUCGGCGCCCGAGAAGCGGCCUUCCGAAACAUCAAGAGUGUUGCCGAGUGCUUGGCCGAAGAGCUGAUCAACGCUGCCAAGGGUAGCAGCAACAGCUAUGCCAUCAAGAAGAAGGACGAGCUGGAGCGUGUGGCCAAGUCCAACAGAUAG